UAGUCAGGCAUUUUGUUUUGCAAUGUUACUAUUGUUGCAAUUUGCUGAGCGAACAGAUUUUAGGAUAUAUAAACAGCUGUAUGCCAACAAUAAAUCGGAGUUUUAUCCCCACAUCGUCUCGGUGUGCUUUCUCCCCGAACCUCGGGCCGCGGCAUCUGGUGACCCCCGACAUGAUCCUCAAGACCCCCUGAGGAAGAAUUAUCGCUUCGGAUCGAAGCAAAACGGCGGACGAGAGACGAGGUUCGCAAUCCCGGCCGUCCCAGAGAGACGGGAGCCCACGAGGCUGGUGGCCACACUUCUGACCCGGUGAGUCAGGCGAGCGAAGCUCGGAAAAAGACGGGAUGGGAACUAUUGCAUCUGCAGUGGAAAAGGCUACAGUUAAUGGACUAAUGACUGUUUUGAACCGUACGGAAGAGAAAAUUAAACGGUCAGAUUUAGUAGCCUUGUUGUUGUGGUGCAGAAGACACGGGUAUUUUCAAGAUCCUGGUAGCGUGUUUGAUGAAAAAGUACGGAAAAACAUAGGUACAGAAAUGUGGGAAAGUAUUCAAAGUGGAUCAAAAGGGGCAAAAGACUGUGCUUUAACCUAUCGAGCUGUACGGGCGGGGCUUAGACAAGUAGCCGCAGAGGCAGAGGUCGUACAGGCAGCCAAGGAUAAACUUUUGUGUCCGGCUCAAGUAACACAGAGGGAGGAUAAGGAAAAGGAUGAGGAGAGUGAGGAGGAGAAGGAGGACGACGAUCCCGCCUCCCGUGAUAUCAAAUGUCUUGCCCUCCCCGUUAAAAAAGGACCAUAUGAUGAUCUCAUUCCGCCUUUUGAGCUCCAGCCAGCACCUGCGGUGGUUCCCUCAGCCCCUCCUCAGCCCAUGGACAUUGAUCCAGCCAAGGUUCCAUUACCUCCCGAUCAUGCCAAUCCUUUAGAGGAGAUGCGGAUGGACAUUAAUAAUCUGUCCGACCAUAUGCAGACCCUGUUGAAGGAAAUGGCACGAAUGGACCCCAAGGCAAGUAAGGAGGCUCGGGAGCGAGCCUAUCAGAAAGCUGCAGAUGCUAUAAAAGAUGCUAAAUCAUUUGAGAGAUCAGCUCGGAAUCUUGGCGAAUAAUCAAGAAGGCGAAAUAGAACGUGAACGCUCUGAUUUUAUUACUGCGGCAAUUAAUGGCGAUUUUUCAGUCUCUGAAUUGAACGACUAUCUUAAAACAAAAUUUGGAGCAUGAUGGGGUCUGACUAAUGGGGAAAAAGAGAAAAUUGAGUGGGCGCAAGGUCGAGACAGAAAUCCAGGACAUGUGCGAGGAGCUGAAGGUUUUGGAAAUGUGGUACGAUCGUGGCUGACGGGAGGUAAAGGAAAUUCAUCAAGGGAUCCCCCGAGAGAUAUCACAUUUGACUCAACAAAAAGAUACAAGGGGCUACUGGAGUUAUCUGGGGAAAUCACUGUCUCCCCGGUAGUAUUUGCUCCAGUUCUUGCCACCCCCAAUGGACCUGAAUGGAGGGCUC